AGUGCCAUCGAUGGCCGCAAUCAGUGUCGACCUCAAGACUGGAACAGAUGGUCGUCGGGCAACGACUUGUCCGCCAACUCUUUCCCUAUAAGUGCUUUGAAGGACGAGUACCGCACGUCUAAUAAACUCCUCAAUCGUGGAUUUGGUCAAAGAGCUAACUCGUUGUCCAUCAGUUCCGACGACACCGAUAGUAGCAGUGGUGGAGACAUUCACUCGCCUAUUAUUAGUCCAAUUGGUUCGCCUCAAAAGUAUUCGCCGAUCGCAUGGUUUGAGAGUCACAGUCGGGACUGGACUUCAUUCCAAAGCCCGUUGGCCUUCGCGUCCGACCGCUCGCCUACUCUCGAGUCGAUCGCCCGCUCGCUGUUUGACGACAACCGACAGAUUCGGGACAGCAUUCAGACCGAGUUUGAGGCCAAUGGCAGAGAAGUGCCGUUUCAACCGACCAAUACUCCAGCGGUUGUCAAUCAAAUGACACGAUCGUUGAGCUCAGCGUCGAUCGGAGCCCAACCCUAUGAGCUCUUCGGUAGGAAUAGUUUCACUUUCGCUCAAAUUAAGGCCAAAGAAGUGCCAAAUUAUGGCUUUAAAGGCAAAAACAAAAGGAGAAUAAAGAGUGAAACUCAUUGCAAGUUCUGUAAGAACAACAACGAGACGCCCGAAGUGUAUAACUCUCACGUCUGCAAAGACCCCAAUGGCGUCACUGUAUGUCCUGUUCUUCGGCGCUACGAUUGUCCCAACUGUAGGUCUGGCGGCGGAGACACCGCUCAUACCAUUCGCUACUGUCCUAAGAAUAAAGAGGGCGACGAGAAGUACAUCCCGUCAGUGAUCAAAGUGCUGAAGAAUGGCCGCUCGGCUGAUGGCAAGAGACGCUUUGCCGCAUAACAUGUCCAACACUUAUAAUUAAUGAUUAUAUUUAUCGUUUCAUUUCAACCAAAAUUCAAAUGUUGAUACUUUUUAAUGUGUUUUAAUAAUCGCA